AUGAAGUCUGGAGAAGAUCGAGACAACAUUGCGAGACAGGAGAGCGUUCUAUGCUUUGAGAUGGAGGGUGCUGGUGUAUUCAGCAGUCUACCCUGUAUAGUCAUCAAAGGAGUGAGCGACUACGCUGACAGCCAUAAAGACAAGAUAUGGCAGAGCUAUUCAGCAGGAACCGCAGCAGCAUGUGCGAAGGCGUUAUUGGAGCAAUGGUCUGUCACUGAUCGAUCUUCUCUCGGUACUACUACACUUGUUAAUGUACCGCGUGCUGAGCAUCAACGCAACUCGGCAUCUACAAUCAGCACGUCAAGAAGUAUAGAGCGCUUGCCGGACAUAUUGGACAGCUCAACAGACCGGAAUUUGAACCCAGAUCAAAUAGCCGAUCUUAACGAAAGCCCACGAUCUAGUCCAGAAUGCGCGGCUUCUCUAAGCGACAACGUCCUCAUCAAACUUAAAGACCAUGCCGAGUCAAAAGCAACAAUGUUUGAAGGUAACGAGUGGUUCCGGCAAUCGAGGCAGGCUUUGACAAUGUUUUGCGUUGCGCUAAAGAGCUUCGCAAGCACCUACCCCCUAACAUCGAUCUUCAAAAAACACUAA